AUGAGGCGGAUAUUCGUCUUCAUGGGCGUCAUUGCCGCCAUCGUCGUCUUUGUCUCGUUCCGGAGCAACCACCGUUUCGAGAACCUCGCCCAUAUCGACGCCUUCGAGCCGUACAACCCGGAUCGGGUAAAGCUACCCCUGGGCGGUCUGCGCGGCGAUGAGAUGUUCGUCUACUAUGCCUAUGUGGAAAUUCGAGACCCUGCCGGCCCGAAGAUACGCAUCCUGGCCAACGUGGUGUGCAGCGAGCUCGUGCUCCAGGACAUUCAAAUCGACGUGGGCGCCGGCUUUCUGCUGCCAUUGGAGCGGGCAAAGACCCUUGGAACGUAUGGUUGUCGAGGAGGAGCCGGGGGUCGCUGUAAGCUUCAAGAGAUGGAGUUCACCUCCAUCGUCUAUCCAGGGCCAUUGCCAGAUGAGAUAACAAUCCAUCGGAAAGAGUUCUCGGCCGACGUCAAGCUCCACCGGAUGCCGUCGAACUAUAAGCGAGGUCUCAACUCGUGCAUUAUCGCACCGUUGUUUUGGACCACCAAGAGACUUUUGGAGUAUUACGUAGCCCAGGGCGUCGUCGACGUGCGCCCCUUUCCGUGGAUGCCCUACACCGACGAGUACAACCCGAACGAUCACACCUUCUACGGCGCCGAGCACAUCACGUGCUUCUUCUGCGCCGUUUGGUCGGACACCACGGUGACGACGAUGAACGACGUUGAUGAGUUGUUUUGGGCUAGAAAAGGCGAUACCCUGUUGAACGUGACGGACCGCCUGUCCGACCCGAUCACUGAGGAUGUAGGCGGUCUAGCCAUGCGCCACCAUGCUCUCGUCUUCACCAGCCCGAUGGCGCCCAGCCCGUGGGAUUUCGAGAAGUUCAAGCAGCUCAACUUCUUGCGCGACCCGAUUGCCUACUGGCAGGGCAGAAUGGGAAAGCACCUCUACCGCACCGAGUACGCAAAGCUACCCUGGAUUCACGCGAUGCGCGAGUGGUACGAUCAUAAACGGACCGUUGACAUGCCAGAAGAACAAGCCGUUUACCUGCACAUGCGCGCCAACUAUAACGAGAAUCGAAGCACGGAAUUUCCGGAUUUGAAGCUUUUUACGGACGCAGAAAUCAAAGGACUACGGGAGACGCUGGAUGCCAUCUUUGCCGACGGGCCGCCAGGGUAUGAAGCGCCGAACACGAGGAAUUACACGGAAUACUGCAAAAAGAUGUCAUCGCGCGGCUUCGAGGGCUGGGACUGCGUGAAGCCGGUGGGGACGCUGUGCUACUCGGAGCUGCGCGGCAAAGACGAGUGGCUGCACGCGAUACCGACGCCCGACAGCUUCUGGACGCCUAUU